GCGCCUCGGCCGCCAGGGCGUGCUGGCAGACCCCCGAGCCGGUGCCGCGGGACGAGCGCUCGUCGAUGCGGCCGCCCCACGCCCUGGUCCGCGGCCCCGUCUCGGGUCCCACCGCGGGCCCGCCCAGGGCCCGCGGCAAGGCGAGGCCGGUGAAGCACCUGUCGCCGCAGCGCUCCGCGGGGCGCGCGCGCCCCUCGUCGCCGCCGGCCGCGGCCUUCGACUGGAGCGGCCUCGCGGGCGACGACGAGGAGGCCUCCCCCCGCGCGGGCUCCGCGCCCGAGAGCCUGCGGGUGGUGCGGGAGGACCAGCUGCGGGGCGGGCCGGCGGAUGCGCUCGCGGAGAGCCUCUACGUCCCGCCCUCCUCGAAGCAGGCCUACGUGCACGCGCACGCGGCCGCGGCGCCCCCCGCGGCCGGCGGCGGCCUCCCGGCUUCCGGCGCCGGCAGCUCCGGCCUCCGAGGCGGGCGGCGCAGCUCCGUCGACAAGAGUGCCGGCGUCUCCGCUGCGGCCGUCGGCGACGCCGCCGCCGUGGCUGCCUCCGCGGCGCAUGCCGCGGGCGCGGUGUCGGCGCUGGGCUCGCGGCGGCCUUUUGCCCUGGGGCAUGCCGAGGAGUCCACCUCGCCAGAUGAAUUGGAUUCUGACGACGACCUCCUCUUCGGGGACGAGGACCACAGCACUCUCGCCCGGCGAUCCAGCCACCCAGACACCGGGCUGCCGAGCCGUGCCCGCGCCCACGGACGCUCCAGCGCCGCGGGCGGCUCCACGGCGGGCGUGGCCAGCAGGCAGGGCCUCGGGGACGCUGCUGCUCGCCACGCCGCCCGUCAGCCACCGCCAGCCGCUGGACCGCGCCGCGGUUCCUCGGAGCGGCCGUCUGCCAAAGCGACUGCCAAAGCGACUGCCAAAGCGACUGCCAAGGGCCUUGGCCUCAAGGCGAAGCCCACGCCCAGCGAGGCCAAGGCUCUGGCCAAAGCCUUAGGCGCUGCCGAGCUGGUGACCCAGCCCGCUUGGAAGCCGCCCGCAGCCCAAGAGGCGCUCCCGCCGUCGUCCGACGGUCCAGCGCCGCCCUCGGCGGCUGCCGCCUCUGCCGCCGCCGCGCACCCGGCCGCCAGCGUCGCGGCCCUGGCAGCCCCGGCCGCCACG